AUGGCAGCUCAACAGCCCGAUCUUCACCUUAUUGGCCUCCAUACCCGCUAUUCCAGCUGGACCAGCCGAGUCGAAGCCGUCUUGGAGUACUUCAAGAUUCCGCACACUCUUGAGAUUCACAAGCUUUCGGAGGUCAAGACUAUCUCGCCUACUGGAUACGUGCCAAUUAUAGAAUGUCGAUCGCUCGGGAAUACCAGGAUCUACGAUUCACUCGCCAUCUGUGAAUUUCUGGCCGAAUCGUAUCCAGAGCGACCUCUGUGGCCGCGGGAUCGCCAAUUGAGAGCAUUGGCCCGUAGCGCCGCAGCCCAGAUGCAUUCUGGCUUCGGCGCGAUCAGAAACUCGUUUCCCACGAAUUUCGUCGCUCACUAUCGCGGUAAUGUCCCCAUCUCCGAAGCUGCCCACAGGGAAAUUCGUCAGAUGCUCAGUCUCUGGGACACUGCUCGAAAGACUAGCAAAGAGCGCCUUGCAGCGCUCGGUCAACCCGACGAGGGAUUUCUGUUUGGAAGCUUCAGUAUUGCCGAUGCCUUUUUCUGGCCGGUGCUGACGCGUUUCCGCACCUAUGAUCUGCCCGUGGAAAGCGCCAGCAGUGAUGCGCUCGAGUGGAUGGCCCGGAUGUGGAAUGAUCCCGUGUUCAAGCAACUGAGUCGCCGAUACCAUGAACAGGCACGGGACCCGGAGACGUGCAUUCCACACUACGAUGAUAUCUUCCGGGGCCGUGACGACAUUCAAUAUAGCACCUUUGCGGAAGACUGGACAUUUACCGUUCCUGGGAAAUGA